UUAACAACCAGCAAGAAGUUCUGGUUGCCCACAGCCCACGUAUGAUGGAGUAUGCCCACAGCUCACUUAUGAUGGAGUAUAUAAAUUUGUAGAUCGAUCAAAUUACAUAUAAAUUUGCAAGUUAGUAUUUGGUUCAGUUAAUUUCCAUGGAUUCGGGGAUUGCUAUAUCUUCUCCUAAACCUUAUUCAGUCAUCACAACUGGUUCUAAUGCAUCAAAAGCUUCACAACACAAAAGAAAAACUCAAAUGAAAUAUAAAGUUACGAAGGUACAACAGCCAAGUUUGAACCAUCUUACAAAUGCAUUGAAGGAGGGUCUACAUAUCAAGAAUGCAACAUACAAUAUGUUGUAAAAGCCUCGUGGUUUCGAUCCUAAAAUCAUUUUGGAGUCUCUAAAACUUUGCCAUUUGUUUUCUACAAGUUUACCUUUCCAUAUGCAUGAUCGGCAUUGCAUUAUGUGCAAUUUCUUGGUCUCUUAUUCUGAGAAACUAUCAGAUUUAUCUACAUUUUUUGUCGGUGUAUGUGUUAGAGGUGAGACUCCAAAUAUGUUAUUUCUCUUGUCAAUUGUAAGCUUCCAUUUUAACUUCAUUAAUAUUUUGAGUUUUUAAAAUGUUUUAGGCUGUGGUGCUUCAGUUGUUCAUCGAAAUUUAUAUUAAUACUAUAAACCAAGUGUUUGACAUUCAAAUAAACAAUGUAUGAAACUUACUAUAAGAAAUAAAUAAUCAAGAUGAAUAAUAAAUCAACUUUUGGAAAACCUGAUAUGAGAGAGUUUCUAGAAAUUAAUUUAUAUAUAAGAUAAUUUCAGCUUAUGAAAAAGUUUAUUUCAUUUUUUUUAUUUUUUUCUCCUACAAGUACUUCUUAUGGGAAGCUUUAUCCUAUAUAAUGAUUUUAUCUAGCUUGAACAGGACUACCUUCGAUAGAUGAUACAUGUGGUCUACAAAAAAAAAAGAUAUUCUUAUAUAUUCUUAGUCUUUGUAUGUUUUUGAACAUCCAACUUUAGAUAAAGUAGACAAAUAUUAUGUCAUUAUUAUAUUUUUUUAAUGGAAUGAUAUAUAAGACCAAAAGACAAAAAAGUAAUUUAUUAUUAAUCUAUAUUAUUUAUUUUUAAUUGUAAGUUUCAUACCUUGUCUAUUUCAAAGUCAUACAAUUGAUUUAUAACACUAACAUAAAUUGCGAUAAACAAUUGAGGUACUAUCACAACUUUGAAACAUUUUAAAAGCUCAAAAUAUUUAUAAAGUUUAAAAGGUAGCAUACAAUUGGCUAUUUGAAAAGAAAUACACAUGUUUGGAGUCUCACUUUGGAGUCUCACCUGUAGCACAACAACUGUAAAAAAAUGAUAUAGAUAUAUCUAAUAAUUGCUCCACUUUAAGGAGGGAAGAAGAUAUUGUGCAUAAUGUCUGUCCAGGGACAAAUUAAAAUGACAUUUUUUAUUGCAAAAAUGACAUGGCCGAAACAUUAAAGUUAUUGUUAUUAUCCAAAAAAGAGUUAUAUUAAGUAUUAUGUCAGAAAGUGAGUUUAGGUUUAACUCAACCCUACAAAAUCGACUUGUAAGGUGAGGAUUACUUCCCACUUAUAUAAUUUAUCUCGGCACUAUCUUUAUUCGGUGUGAGACUUCAACAUGUCCCAUUUUCCUCAUGGCUACUCGCCAUGUGGGACUUUCAACACACUCCUCUAUCUAGGUGUGAUCACGCCUAGAUAGAGGGGUGUGUUGAAAGUCCCACAUGGUGGGUAGCCAUAAGGAAAAUGGGGCAUGUUGAAGUCCCACAUCGAAUAAAGAUAAUGUCGAGAUAAACUAUAUAAGUGGAGCAAUCCUCAUCUUACAAGCCGAUUUUGUAGGGUUGAGUUAAGCCAAAACUCACUUUCUGACAUAUUAACAAUAACAUUCGAGGAUUAACAAAACUCUUGUAAAGGAAAACUAAGAAAUUUAUUAGAGUCCAAAAUGUUUUUGGGAGCAGAUGCAUGUGGUUUUGAAUCAAAAGAUGGUUUACAAGCUGCAUUUAGAACAUUUCUUUUAUUGCAUUCUUGAUAUGUAGACGCUCCUUCAAAGCAUUUGAAAUGAUGGUUCAAUCUUGACUAUUGGAAACCUAGAACAUUAUUAUAUUCUAUUAAAUUCUCCUUUUGUGUCGUGAAGCUUUUGAUGCCCAAGAACCUAGAGCACCAAGUGUUUGAUGUAGUAUAAGUGACCAUGCACAAAAAAAAAGAAAAAAAAAUUCUUAUUUAAAUUUUUUUGGAACCAAUGUCAUGAUGAAAUGAUGAAUAAAUAAAGCAUAAUCAAUUCGAAAACUAAAAUAAGAGGAGUCAUUAUCAAAAUUUAUUUUAUUAGAGAAAACUUAAAAAAGUCUUAAUUUGAAAAAAAAAAUUGUUUUGAAAAAGAGAGUCAAAAGUCAUUUAUACAUAGGAAAAGAUAUUGAUAAUGCAUGGCAUUCUUUGUAAAAAUGUCUAUAAUAGAUCAUUUAAGGCCUAACAACUUUGGAAAUAUAUAGGUAAAAUUAUACUAAGGAUCCUUUGUCUUAUUGUGAAAAUUUGUUUUGGUCCUUUAUCCUUAAAAAAAAUUAUUUUGGUGCUUUAACUUUUAGCUUUGAAUCAUUUCGGUUUUCUCAUUAACUUGAAAUUAACAUCAUUAGUGUUUUAAAUUUUGCAGCACUUAUGAAAUUCACUUUAUGAUGAUUUUAAAUUGAUAAUAAGUUAAAGGUUUAAAUAUUUUUUUCGUAUAAUUAUGCGCUUUUGUGCAUUUCGUUCCUGUAAAAAAAGAAUUUCACUUUCGUCCCUGCAAUUUCAUUUUUUUUUUGUUUUAAAUCCUUCUGGUCAAUCUCCAUUACAAAAUACAUGACAUGGCUAACGGACACAUGUGGCAUUGUAUCAGUGGCCUUUGAAUGAAGCUGAUGUGGCUUUGUUUAUUUGUUUUUAAAAUAUAUGCUAAUAUAAUAUUUUAUUAUUUAAACAAAAGAAAGACCCAACUUGGUAAGUGGGUCGCAUGAAUUUCCAUCUCUUCUUUUGUUUUAGGGUUGUCUUCAUUUUCGUAAGAGAAAGAGUUGAGAGAAACAACUUGGAGGGCAAUUGUGAGUGCUUCGUCAAUGGCAACAAGUGAGGCUUCUAUGUCAGCAAAUUGAAGGCCUUUUAUCCCUAUUUGUGGCUGUAGAGUCACGAUUUACUUUACCUUCUCAUGCUGCUUCUUUUCUUUGUAUGUGCCUCUAUUUGCUUUCAAUUUUGGGAAGGGGGGUUUGUGGGGGUUGUAUGCACAGGUGUUCUGAUUUUAGUGUGCUAAUUUCUUCUGAUUUUUAUAUUUUUUAGAAGGUUACAAGAUUUUUUUAUGCCAUGAUCACCUGCACAACACAAUUGUCUAUGGUAAUGAAGCUAACGAUGGAUGUGGGUGUUCUCAAGGGACGACGAACAUGUAUUUGAAAAAAAUUGAGAAACUAAAGAUUAAAAUUGGGAAGGAGAGAAUAAGGAAUAAUUUUCUAUUGAUGAUUUAGUGGGUUGGUUUUGUAAUGUAUGUAAUGAGGAAAAUGUAGUGGUAUUCCAUUUAUGUGUUGUUGUAGUUGUUUUGUAAAGAAAAAAUGGUAAACUUUGUUGUCAUUGUAAUGACUCCUUUUGUGGUUCAAUCAAAUGAAUUAAUGAAAGUUUUGUCAUUAUUUUGGUGAUUAGUUUUAAUAGCUUUUGGUCUAAUUACUUUUAAUCAUGGUUGAUAGAUCAGACUGGACCGACCAGUUAAAUCAGGAACAGGUUAUCUGACCAGUCGAAUCAACUCCUAAAACCACUAUAGCAACGAACUGGUAUUAAAUUGGAUGAACCAACCAGGAAUCAUGAAAACCAACAGUUUGGAUGGUUUGCACAGUUCAAAGAAAAAGCAUUAAAUUUUUAUUUUUUAAUGUCAAAAUGACGUUGUUUAACAUUUGGGUAUUUUUUUCUGUUGCUUUUCCUUGCAGGAUUCAACAAACUCAAAGCUAGAGAGCCCUAAAGUCCUAAAUCUAAACGUACAUUGCUCCACCUCUGACAGUGGUUCUCCAUCUCUGCCAUUCCUUCUCAGGCAGGUUGGUCAUAUUCUCCAUCUCCGACAACUCGCCUUGUCUUCGUAUGAUAAGAAGCACGAACGCGGCUCAUCACUGGCGUGUCCCGCGUCGGACUCGCACCAGACACGCAUGCGGGUACGACUCCGGUGCGACGCGGUGUCUGUUGCCUCCACCGUCACCGGGCACGGUUGAACAGUAAGACACGGGCGGUUGGACACGGCCCACCAAGUAGACACGCGCGUCACGACCCAACAAGCCUUAGGUAUUUUUAUUAUUUAUUUAAAAAUGCUUACCAAAAGAAUAGCUUUUCUAUGUCUUCUCCUUGUUGUUCCUGCAAGCGCCUCCAUUGUUGCACAGUGCCGCGUCCGUUUCCUUCCCCACGUAGAGAUGAGUGCUUCUAGUCCUAGUCAAGCUAAAGAACAAGAUGAUGAUACCAAACCUUUAUGGACCUAUGUUACAAAGAUAAAAAGUGUAGGUGGUGGUGGAAAUUAUGAGAUAAAAUGCAAUAUUUGUGAUUUUACCUUUAAUGGGUCUUAUACUAAAGUGAGGGCACACUUGUUGAAGAUGAUGAGAAAGGGAGUUAGAGUUUGUCAAAAGGUAACAAUUGAUAAACUUAUAGAUUUGAAGAAGAUAGACAAUGAGGCUACAUUGAGGGUGGAGAGGUCAAAAACAAAAUCUGUGUCAUUGCCUCCGGUUUCUACUCAACACCAAAUGGAUACAAACACUCUUGGUGUUGAUCCAAAAAAGAGAAAGACAUCAACUGUAGAAAAUGCCUUUAAUUUUCAAGAUAGAGAGACACUUGAUCAUGAAAUUGCUAGGAUGUUUUACUCUUCGGGGCUGCCUUUUCAUUUAGCAAGAAAUCCUCAUUAUAGGAAGGCAUUUGCCUAUGCUGCCAAUAAUCAGAUCAGUGGUUACCAACCUCCAGGUUAUAAUAAAUUAAGGACAACAUUACUUCAAAAUGAGAGAAGACAUGUGGAGAAUUUGUUACAACCAAUUAAAAAUGCAUGGAGCCAAAAGGGUGUGAGCAUUGUUAGUGAUGGAUGGAGUGACCCGCAAAGAAGAUCUCUUAUUAAUUUCAUGGCUGUCACAGAGAGUGGACCUAUGUUUUUAAAGACCAUCGAUUGUUCAAAUGAGAUCAAAGACAAGGAUUUCAUUGCCAAACAUAUGAGGGAGGUAAUUAUGGAGGUUGGGCACUCAAAUGUUGUGCAAAUAGUGACGAAUAAUGCAACUGUUUGUAAAGCAGCAGGUUUAAUAAUUGAGGCUGAGUUUCCUUCCAUCUAUUGGACUCCAUGUGUUGUCCAUACAUUAAAUCUUUCUUUAAAGAACAUAUGUGCAGCCAAGAAUACAGAAAAAACAAUAUUGCUUAUGAAGAAUGUUCUUGGAUCACCCAAAUUGCGGAUGAUGCAAUGUUUGUGAAAAACUUUGUCAUAAGUCACUCUAUGAGACUAUCAAUUUUCAAUUCAUUCGAUUCAUUGAAAUUCCUAUCCAUUGCUCCAACAAGAUUUUCCUCCACUAUUGUAAUGCUCAAGAGAUUCAAGCAAUUGAAGAAAGGACUCCAAGAGAUGGUCAUUAGUGACCAAUGGUCUUCUUAUAAGGAAGAUGAUGUUGCAAAGGCUAAAUUUGUGAAAGAUACUUUGUUGGAUGAUAAAUGGUGGGAUAAGGUUGAUUAUAUUCUUUCUUUCACUAGCCCUAUCUAUGAUGUUCUUAGAAGAACGGAUACAGAAGCUUCAUCUCUCCAUCUAGUAUAUGAGAUGUGGGAUUGAAUGAUUAAAAAGGUGAAGAAUGCCAUAUAUCAAUAUGAGACAAAGGAGGAGAGUGAAGGAUCAACCUUUUAUUAGGUAGUACACUCCAUAUUAAUUGAUCGUUGGACUAAGAGUAGCACUCCUCUCCAUUGUUUAGCUCAUUCUUUAAAUCCUAGAUAUUAUAGUCAUGAAUGGCUAAGUGAAGAUUCUAAUCGAGUUCCUCCACAUCAAGACUGGAACUCACUCGUGAAAGAUUAAAAUGCUUCAAGAGGUUCUUUCUUGAUGUGGAUGUAAGGAGGAAAGUAAAUAUUGAGUUUGCCAACUUCUCGGAUGGAAGAGAAGGUUUUGAUGAUCUUGAUUCUUUAAAUGAUAGAGGUCAAAUGGAUCCAAAAGCUUGGUGGCUAGUUCAUGGCAUUAAUGCUCCAAUACUUCAAAAGGUUGCCCUUAAGCUACUUGCACAACCUUGUUCAUCUUCUUGUUGUGAAAGGAAUUGGUGUACAUAUUCAUUUAUCCAUUCUUUAAAGAGAAACAAGAUGACACCACAUAAAGCUAAAGAUUUAGUAUUUUUUCAUAGCAACCUAUGACUUCUCUCAAGGAAUACUCUACAAUAUCAUCAAAAGGAAACUAAAAUGUGGGAUGUAGCUGGAGAUGAUUUUGGGUCACUUGAUGAUUGUGGUAUUCUUGAAAUUGCUAGUUUGUCUUUAGAUGAACCAGAGUUAGAGGGUGUCUUUUUCAAUGAUGAUUUCUAGUUUGUGAAAUUCUUGAAGACUUGAAGUUGCUAAUUCAUCAUCUUGCUUUAUAAUUUUUUUUUUGUAAACAAACAAAGUGUACAAAUUGUAUAAUGAGGUCUCUUAGUAUUUUUUGUGACUCAUUAUCAUAGGAAAAGUUUUUUUGAGAUGAUGAUGAAUAUAUAAAUCUUAAUUCUCAAUUUAGAUCUUUUAUGCA